UUGUCUACCCACUGCUCAUGUCAGCCCCCAAGCCUAUAUCCCUCAAGCGCAAGUUUGUAAAAGCUGGUGUAUUUAAGGCUGAACUUGAUGAGUUCUUGAGGCGUGAACUUGCUGAAGAUGGUUAUAGUGGCAUGCAAGUUCGCGAGACACGUAGGAACACUGAAGUUAUAAUCCUGGCCACUAAGACUCAAUCGGUGCUAGGCGACUGCUCUAAACGCAUCAGGGAAUUGACAUCGGUUGUUCAAAAGCGUUUUGGUUAUGAGGCAAAUACCAUUUGCUUGUAUGCCGAAAAAAUGAACUUUCGAGGUCUUAGCGCUAUUGCACAGGCUGAAUCUCUACGGUACAAAUUGUUAAAUGGACUUCCCGUUAGAAAAGCCUGUUAUGGAAUCUUGCGGUAUAUUAUGGAGUCUGGCGCUCGUGGUGCCGAGGUUGUUGUUUCUGGUAAGAUUAAAGGUCAGCGGGCCAAGUCCAUGAAGUUUUGCGAUGGAUUAAUGGUUCAUUCUGGUGAUCCCGUAAGGCACUAUAUAGAGAAAGCUGUAAGGCGUGUAAUUCUCCCGCAAGGUGUCCUUGGCAUCAAGGUUAAGAUUAUGCUUCAACAUGAUACUCUAGGAAAGCUUGGACCGAGGAAACCCCUUCCUGAUAGCGUCAAUAUACUUCUUCCAAAAGAAGAAAAGAUGCCCAUAAUCCCUUCGUCCGAAAGCCGCGCCUUGUAA